AUGGAAUGGUCAUCAGUGCCACUCCAAGCUGAAUUUGUCAUAGAAAAGAAAGAGUUUGUAGCUGGAGGUUUCCGAAAGGCAUUUAAAGCCACAAGCAUUACAGAAGGCUUUAAUAAAGGAACAUGGGUUGUUAAGAGUUAUCUGGAGAGUGCUGUUCAACUGAUUAAAGAUACAGGACAGACCACAGAAGAACAUACUAGAAAGUCAGUACAGAUGCAAUAUCUAUCAAGAAACUUUGGAUCACAGCUGAAGGAAACAAUUGCAAAGGACAAGCUCAGGGACGAAUAUGGAGAUUCGUUUGAAUACAAGUCUGUGUACAUGGGGAAAACAGAGGACGGGGAGCUGUUAACAGUUGAGGAGUUCAUCCCUGGAGACUUUGCAAAGUUUAUAAACAACAAUGGAAUUGUCUGUGAAGAAGAUACCAUGCUAUGUAAGAAGGCACAGGCGUUUUCUCAUUUUACGUAUGAGAAAUCAGAAGGCAAAGUUAUGGUUUUAGACAUCCAAGGGUCAGGAUAUACCGUGUGCGAUCCUGAAAUAGCCUCAGCUGAGAUACACAAUGAGGAUGGGGGUUAUCAGUUCUGUACUGGCAACUUGGCUGGAAGAGCAAUUGAGUCAUUUUUUGAGGUUCAUCAGUGCAACUCCUACUGCAAGCUUCUAAAGCUGAAACUUAGACCAAGUUAGUUAAUUUCUGAUAUGUUUUGCUGUUUUUACAUGUGCUAUAUGUUUACCACAUAAGCUACCCCACCCCUCCCCCUUUUCUGUUUAUACUGUUGUUUUUUAAUGAGGAAUGCUGUUGUGUUUGCCCUUUGUAGGACAGCAUGGAGUAGACAUAUUGGCCGUUAGAUGUAAGCUGUAA